ACAUUGCACCACUUAAACACUUCCGGGUAACGUUUGUUCGAUUGUAAACACUUGGGGGUUUAAUCUGAGUUGUGUAAGGUGUACAAAUAGCAGAAACACAUAGGCUGUCGUUUGUGAAACACCACAUUUUCGGUUCCCGUGUUUAAUACGGAGCAUAUUUACCCUGCUCGGUUAUGUUGUUCCUCCGGACCGCGGCUUUCAGCGCCAGAGGUCUGGCCUCUCUGCGCCGCGGGGCAGCCGGCUUAACCGCCUCCAGAGCGACCGCUACGUACGUCCAGGGCCAAAGCCCCACACCACGCAUCCGAGAAUACUUCUACUAUAUCGACCAUCAAGGACAGCUUUUCCUCGAUGAUACCAAAGUGAAAAACUUUGUCACCUGCUUUAAAGAUAAGGAAUUCCUAGUCUUCUUCUUCACUCGUCUGCGCAUGAAUCAUAGUGGUCGUUACGAGGAUGACUUCCCCUUCCUGUCCCUGUGCGGCAGGGAGAGGAAUUUCCUGCGCUGCGAUGACCGACCUGUGGUCUUCACCCACCUGCUGCAGAGCCCCACUGGACCGCAGGGCGAGCAGGAGCUGCUAUCAUACUGUGGCGGUGCAGAGAAACUCUCCGUCCCGUUCCGCCCUGAGGCGCUGUACAUGCAUCCUGUCAGCGGGCGAGUUUACCACCCCUGCUCAGAGGUCUCAGGUGGGGUCGGUCUGGUCAGGUCGGCUCUGGCAAUUGAACUCAGCCCCUUCUUUGUGUAUACACAGGAGCGAGAUCAGUCAGGACAGCCUACAUACUUUGUGUGGGCAGGACAGAAGCACGCACUGACCAAUGAGCUUGCAGGAUACUUCCCUGUAGCUGAGCAGGGCAAUGGACACCAGGGAGAAGUGGGAUAAUUUGGUAAUGAUUCCAGACUGAAUUUAAAAUCUUCUUAGUGAUGGGAUGUGUAAAUGAGAAUCACUAAUGACUAAUAGUUCCACCAUUUUUUUGGCUUGCAAACAAAGAAAUGGCUUCUUUUGUCUCCUUGUUUGAGGCUGUGGCCCACUAAAGGUGUCACAUUUGAAUUCUGUUUAUGGGUCUGAAAUGAUGAAAUUAUCCAGAAGGUCAAAAGAGUACAGCGGUGUAAUGUUUAGCACUGUUGCAUGGCAGCAAGAAGGUACCUAGUUCAAAUCCAGGCUGGGGCUUUUCUGUGGGCUGUUUGCUCUGUUGUGGUCUUCCUGUGCCUGCGUGGGUUUCCUCCAGGCUUUCCUCCUCUUGCUUUCUCCCACAGUCCUAAGAUAUGCAGAUUUUAGGAAGGAUAUUAUUUAUACUUCUGUUCAGAAAUCUAUUAAUUAAGUUGUUCUCCAGAGGAAGCUUGAAAAGAAAUCCGAGUUGUUGUAUCACAAAAGAAUGUGGUGUAAAACUGAGGUUGUUUUAACAGUUGUAUAUAUCAUAUUAUAGUUACAGUUUUUGCAAAUUUAGGUGCAAUUCCUUUUAAAGAAAGAUUCAGAUGUAGUCUCACUUUUAAAAGUUGAAACUUGAUACAAAUUCAUUCACCAUGUUGAAUGCAAAGUCUAAGAGUAUUCAUUUGAACACUGUAAAAUCACAAGCAGUGUGAACUGAAGUGUGCUUUGGAAAUAUUUUGGAAUUAAACUAAUAACAUAUUCCAA